UAACAAAAAAAUUAUUGCUUACAAGCAGUUAGCCUCUGACCGCUCUCUCCGAGCAACCAUACAUCACAAUCAAAUUGACCCUUCUGAAGAACCCUUCCGGCUCUUGCAGAAUAUCCUGAACCUCUGACCCUUACAUUUCAGGGGUCAUCUUCUGUCUUGGACUUUCUCCAUUCGUCUAUCCCUGGGACUGAUGGGGUCAGCUACCUCCCCUUCCAGAGAGGAACUGCACUCCCUCCCUUGUGCUGUGAGUGACUGUGAUUCCUGAGAAAGCUGGCUUCCCUCCAGCCCGCCUCCCCUGAGCUGAUAAGCUGCAUUCCUGCCAGCUUCAGAGGGGGAAGUUGUCAGCCCACUGGUUCCAGCUGUCUGAGAAGUCUGCAAGUCUCUCUGUUCUUCUUCUGCCUGUCUGCCUGCCUUCUAUCUCAGGCUGUACUUCUUGCCUUUGGGCUGGUGUGUUCAUGACAUCUAAACAUAUGGUCUGAGCUUGUAGCAAGCGAGUUCAAGCACAUCCUAUUGCAGUGAGUUCACAUGGUGAAAGAGAACAAAUAAGGAGGAAGCUUAACUUCCUCCCAGGGGAGGGGCAUAACCUGAGUCUAGGAAUGCAUUUCUGUAGUCUUAACCCCUUCAUGCAUUCAUGAACUCCAUGCUUGCUAGUUAUAUUUGACUGCAAUUCACCACAAAUGUCACCUCCAAAUGUCACUUCCCCACAAAUGUGAAGGAGUGGACUAUGUCUACUUUUCUCUUUCUGAAGGAACAUCACCUACUGGAGCCUAUUUUGUAGCCUCUGGCCCCAACCACCACUACACCAGAAAAAAAGAGUGUGUGACCUGUGGCUUGAGAAGGGUCCCCUAUCCCUGAUUUCAGCUAACAUCAUGGGCAUAGCCAGAGGGGGGACAGCUCAAGUAAAUAAAUAAAGAGACUUAACUAACUGACUAUCAUGUCACAGAUAGCAUGGUUCUAACAAAUGUCCUUUCCCCCCACCAGCAAAAAUCCUGGCUACGCCCACGGCUAACAUUCAUUCAGGUCUAAAGUGGAUUAAUAGUCAAGCACUUUAUCCACUGAGAAAAUAUAUAAGAAAUUGAAAAAUGAUCUGUUAAUGUUAUUUAGGAGUCCUAAAUCUUCUUUUUUUGCUGAAAAUGGAUAAAUGGAAAACCACAACAAUUGCUUCUAUAUCAAUUACUUGCCUCAUAAUGCGAUUCCCAGAAAUUAUUUGCUUUUAGGAAGCAUCUUUUAGAAAAGUAAAGAGAACAGAAGAGUUGCCUGAGAGUUUUCAUGUAGCGCUUUGGGAAUUGGGCAGAAGAAAGAGAUUAAAAAACCCCUCUGCUGCUUCUAGGAUGAUGCAAUGUGAUGACAGUUGGGGUUGACUCUGCCCCUUCUGUUGAUGUAUGGCAACAUUCAAGCCCAAACUGGACAAGGAGAUGACAGCUGGAUUUAGAUCUCAGUGAGGGUUCUGUAUUCUGAGGCAAAAUAAGCUGAUUUUCAGGGAAAUCCUUGCAAUUUCUUCUAGGCAGAACCAAAGAUGAGGUGCACCUCUGAGGCAGAAACAGGCGCUUCCCUCAAGAUCUUCUUUUCUCUGCUCAGUAUAGUCUCCACCAUAUUUAGCACGGCAAGUGCAAACAGUAAGUACAACCCAACAUCCUUUCUCCACAAUUUAAUAUUUAAAGCAAUGUGUUUAUAUUGUGCAAUUGUUUCAGGGAACAUUCACUUUCUCUUACUUUUCCAAAUGAUUGUGAUAUGAAGGAAGAACCAAGUUGAAGGGUUUUAAAAGAGGAGGGAGAAUAUCCUUGUAAUAUGGGGAGAAAUCUGCUUUGCAGUGGUUAUAUCCAAAUAUUUUUAAUAUUCAGUUUAUCAGACACAUAAAAAGUCUCCAAGUGACUUGCAUCAUUUAAAAACAAAACAAAAAUAAUAAAAUAUAAUGAUUGGUUUCACUGAACUGUAUUCCAGUUCAUACCUCAGCUUAAUCGGGGCUUCUGUUUUCAAUUUGAAUGGAAUCUAGUUUGAGGGAAUGCACAUUGAAUGAGGGUAUUUCUCAUGAAGCAAUGGGAUACAGAUGGAUUGUAGCUUUGUAGCUAACAUCCUGUGUACCUGGCUUCAAACACUGAUGGUGAAAGAACACUGGAGCAGGAAUAAACAGUAAUGUGUACACAGCCUAAAAGCAGGAAAAGCCUAGUCACAAGUCUAAGACAGGGAAUGCAUGGCCCUCCAUAUGCUGUUGGGCUAUAAAGCAUUAAAGGGUGAUCCCCUAUCCUCCAGAUUACAGCAGUAUCUGGAUGGCCAAAGGUUCCUCAGCCUUUGUUUAAAGGUUAUUAUCUCACAUUUUCAUGUAAAACCAUACACUGAAGUUUCUCAUUUGGAAUAGGGAAAGCCAGGGAGAAGGGAUAGCAAUGUAAAUCUUGUCCACACCAGUAAUUUUUUAAAUACUUUGGUACAUCGGUACAUCUGGUUACGAACUUAAUUCUUUCUGGAGGUGCGUUCUUAACCUGAAACCAUUCUUAACCUGAGGUACCACUUUAGCUAAUGGGGUCUCCCACUGCCGCCGCACAAUUUCUGUUCUCAUCCUGGGGCAAAGUUUUUAAUCCAAGGUACUACUUCUGGGUUAGCGGAGUCUGUAAUCCAAAGUGUUUGUAACCCGAGAUACCACUGUACCCUAUUAAGUAUAGCCAAAUCUAUAACUUCAUUUGAAUUAAUAUUCUCAUAAGUAAACCAGAGUUGUUGUACUGACUUCUGUAACAUUGUUAAUAUGGCCAUUUAUAUUUCUGAUUUACAUAUUGCAGAUUCCACACCUACCAUUCUUCGUUUUGCUUUCCCUGUAUUUUAUAAUCCUGAUGUAAACAACUCCAGUCAAUCCACAAAGCAUGCGAAUACCACAGAAGAUGGUGAAAAAUACUUGACUGGUCCAUGGAUGACUCGUUUUGUUCCUUCACUCCACACUGCUGUGGUUAUUUUCAGCCUUCCUUUAAACAUUAUGGCAGUUCUCAUGUUUGUGGUCAAAUUAAGGCUUAAGAAACCAGCUGUGGUGUACAUGCUCAACCUGGCUUCUGCAGAUGUCCUCUUCGUGAGUGUGCUUCCUUUUAAAAUUGUCUACAACUUUUCUGGAAACAACUGGAUCUUUGGGUCUGUGAUGUGUCGAUUCGUCACUGCUGCCUUCUACUGCAACAUGUAUUGCUCCAUCCUGCUGAUGAUGGUGAUAAGCGUGGACCGUUUCCUGGCCGUGGUGUACCCAAUGCAGUCCCUGUCCUGGCGCACAGCAAGACGGGCCUCGUUGGUCUGCUUUCUCAUCUGGCUUCUGGCUAUAGCUGGGGUGAUACCUCUGAUUGUCAGUGAGCAAACACAGAGAUUAUCCCGGUUAAAUAUUACGACCUGUCACGAUACAUUAGACAUCUCUGUUAUUAUGGAUAUAUUUCGGCAUUACUUUUCUGCAUUAUCUAUUUUGUUCUUUUUUAUACCGUUAUUAAUCUCUGUCAUCUGUUAUGUGUGCAUUAUAAGGAAACUUUCUUCAUCCAGUGUUGCUACAAAGACUGCUAAAAAGAGACGUGCCAUUCUCCUGUCUGUAGCAGUCUUGUCUUCUUUUAUUAUUUGUUUUGGUCCUCCAAACUUCCUAUUACUAAUGCACAGCUUGCACAUCUUACCUGAUCAACCCCUUGAAAGUCUGUAUUUUGCCUACAUCUUAGCCGUCUGCACUGGUACCAUAAACUGCUGCAUUGAUCCCUUAAUUUAUUAUUAUGCUUCUGCAAAGUGUCAAAAGCAGGUGUGGGAUCUCCUGUGCUAUAAGAAGCAUUCUGCUUUUGCACAAAGCAGUCAGACAACAAGCAGCAAUGCCACUAACCUUUUAAGCGGCUCGAAUAAUUUGUCUCAAGCAUAGCAUCUUACAUUAAAUAUGUUUGCAGUACAGUAAUACUCAUUUGGAAACCUAGUUGUUGCAUGCUACCUAUUUUACAGCCUCUGUCUUUAGCGUCCAUGC